AAAUCUCACAAUUGACUUUCUCGAUCUUGGUAGUUUCUAGAAUGUCAUGGACAAGAAAGAUCCACCGUCCCGUAGUUGCGCCCUCUCUAUCACUAUAAAUUGUUUGCCAGGGUUUCUGAUUCGCUCUGCGCUCGUCUUCUUUGACUACUGAAUCUCAGAGCUCACACUGUCGUUUGUUCAACUUAGCAAAAGACCUUACAGACAGGACAUCUACAUUUUAAAUUUGAAAUAUGGCCGAGGAGGGUUACAAGGUGAGUUUGCACGUGUAUGAUUUAAGUGGAGGCUUAGCUCGUCAACUCUCCAUGUCAUUCUUAGGGAAAGCCAUUGAAGGCAUAUGGCAUACAGGUGUGGUGGUAUAUGGUACUGAGUACUUUUUUGGGGCUGGUAUUCAACAAACUCCAGCUGGAACAGCACCAUAUGGGACUCCACUCAAAGUCAUUGAUCUUGGUGUCACCCAUGUCCCAAAAGAUGUCUUUCAGAUGUAUCUAGAUGAGAUUAGCCCCCGUUACACACAAGAAACCUACAGUUUAUUGUCACAUAACUGUAACAACUUUAGCAGCGAAGUCGCACAGUUUCUCGUGGGUGUCUCCAUACCAGAUUACAUCCUCAAUCUCCCUAACGAAGUCAUGAGUAGCCCAAUGGGUGCACUUAUAAUGCCUAUGAUACAGAAUUUGGAGACCACAUUGAGGGCAGGUGCUGUCCCACAAGCACCUCAGUUUAAACCAUCUCCAGUGAACACAAUUCCUCAGGUGUCAAAGAAAGUUGAUAAACCAUCAGAAACCAGCAGCCACACAAAUGUAAAUGUGGCCCCACCCCCACCCCCACCUGCAGCUGUGCCAGCUGGCACAUCACAAGAGAAACCAGAUGUUGUUGAUCCUCUUGGUGAUGCAAGGAGUAAAGUGCAAGAAGAGAUUGGUAAGGAGUUUGCUGCAAUGAUGGCUAGUGGGACCCUUCGUGCAAGUGAGGCUGCUGCACUUGCAACCAAAAAAGUGAUGCAGAAAUAUGGGCACAUGAAUGCUGCACAAAGCUGAAACAGGUUUUGUGCUUUUUUUUUUCUUACUGCAUCUGUGUUGAACAUAAAAAUUGUGGCAAUUUAUCCCAUUCAAGAAAAACGUGUUAAUGACUCCUUUUGUUGAAUGAUGAACUACUUCUGUUAAA